AUACUUGCUCGCUUCUCCAGAAACGAGUUCGGUUCCACUAUCGGUGUCGAGUUCCAGACCCGAACUCUCGUUAUAAAGCACAAGUCUGUCAAGGCUCAGAUCCGGGACACCGCCGGUCAAGAACGAWKCCUUUUUSCAAGCAAUGAUCUGGAGAAGGCAUCAAGUGGUUUAACAUUGAACCAUAACCUUGAUUUUGAACAUGGAGUCAUGGAUGAGAAUGUGCGUGUGAAGUGGACAAACGAACUUACCAAACGGUUUCUAGAGACUUGUAUAGAAGAGGUCAAUAAGGGAGCAAUUGGAGCCUUGGAUGGAACUUUAAUACAUGUUAUCGUCCCUAUUCAAGAGCAACAUUUAUAUAGAGGACGAGGAAAGGGUGAAUGUUAUCAAAAUGUUUUAGCAAUUUGUGAUUUCAACAURGUUUUCACAUUUGUUGUUGCCGGAUGGGAAGGAAUUGCGCAUGAUUCUAGAAUUUUGUCUGAAGCUUUAACAAAUGGUGAUAUUGGAUUUCCAUUUCCUCCUUCAGAUAAAUAUUACCUAUGUGAUGCUACGUAUACAAAUACUCGAGGAUUUAUGGCGCCGUAUCGUAAU